AUUGAAAUCUAUAUCACAUGUGAAUAGAUGUUCAAUAAUUCAUAAUCUAGCUCAACUCAUCCCUAUAAGUUAAGCUCAAGGAGAGUUGGAGUUGGAGUUGUGAUUGAAGCUAAUUUGUUAGUGAAAGAUGGACUUCUUGUCUGGUAUACUGUUGUUUCUGUGUUUAAUCUCCUGCUUCUUAAUCCAAGCCCUCCAUAGAAGAACCAGAGUUAGGCUUCCACCAGGACCAAAGCCAUUUCCAUUGGUUGGAAAUCUCUUUGAUCUUGGAGACAAACCUCAUAUCUCUUUGACCAACCUCUCACAACACUAUGGCUCCAUUAUGUCUUUGAAGCUUGGCCAGAUAACCACUGUAGUAGUUUCUUCACCAACCAUGGCCAAAGAAAUCCUCCGAAUCUAUGACCAUUUGUUUUGCAACAGAACAAUCCCAGAUGCGCUGCGUGUACUGAUAGACAACAGCUUGCCGUGGAUGCCAGUGUCACCAAGGUGGAGAAAUCUUCGGAAAAUAUGCACUUCCCAACUCUUUGCCACAAGAGUUCUUGAUGCAAACAAAGAAAACCGGAGAGAGAAAGUGCAAGAGCUCAUAGCUAGUGUCAAUGACAACAUGAUAAAGGGUUUGGCAGUAGAUAUUGGAAAGGCUGCUUUCAUAACUUCACUCAAUUUGCUGUCAAGAACUAUUUUCUCAGUGGAUUUGGCAGAUGAUGACUCGAGUAGCAGCAACGAGAUCACUAAAGAGUUCAAGAAGAUUUCUACUGGUAUGCUAGAGGAGGCUGGGAAACCGAAUUUAGGGGACUUUUUCCCUGUGCUUAAGAAGAUUGAUCCCCAAGGCAGAAGGCGGCGCUUUACGAAUCACUACAACAAGAUGUUAGGCUUAUUUGAAUCAGUGAUCAAACAAAGAUUGGAAUUUAGAAAAGGGGAUGAUUAUGUUGCAAGUAAUGAUAUGUUGGAUACUCUUAUAGACCUCAGAGAAGAGGAAAAUGAGGAGGAUUUGAACAACCCCAAAGUUAUUGAACAUUUGUUAUCGGAAUCCAACAUUGCUAGACUCCCUUACUUACAAGCAAUUAUCAAGGAAACUUUCCGCCUGCGCCCGGUGGCUCCAUUGCUUCUUCCACGAAAAGCUGAAACAGAUGUAGAAAUCGGGGGCUACAUUGUCCCAAAGGGUGCACAAGUUCUAGUUAAUAUUUGGGCCAUAGGCAGAGACCCCAGCAUUUGGGACAAUCCAAACUCUUUUAUGCCAGAGAGGUUCCUAGGAUCAGACAACCAAAUUGAUGUUAUGGGAAAUAACUUUGAGCUUAUUCCAUUUGGUAGUGGGAGGAGAAUCUGUCCAGGUUUGCCUUUGGCAAUGAGAAUGUUGCACUUGAUGAUGGGGUCACUCAUUAACUGCUUUGAUUGGAAGCUUGAAGAUGGAGUUCUACCCGAGACUAUGAACUUGGAAGACAAGUUUAGCAUCUCUUUACAAAUGGCUCAGCCUCUCAAGGCUGUUCCAAAGGAAAUUGUAAUGGAAUGA